GCGUGCUUGGUUGUUCAUGUCGUGUUCCUGUUUGGCGUAUUAACAGCAUGGCGCGUUUGGAUUGUUGUAGUCUUUUCGGGCUGGUCGUGAGCGUGUCGCUGGCUCAGUUUGUUUUUGGGGACCUGCAAGUAACUAAGAAAUGCGACGGUGACAAAUCGAUGACUCUGUCAUUUGCUGGCUCUUCGACUGUUUUUCUCCAGAAGACAAAAGUCGGACUGGUUAAAGUGACCCACAAUCUCCCAGGAGUCGACCUCCGUGAAAUCUCUGGCCGCACCACACUAACGGUGCCCUUGUCUUCCUCGUACGGUUAUGUGGCUGAGCAGGGUUCCCAGUAUAUCGUGACCAUUGCCGUUGGAUCUCGAUCAAAUGUGAAAACCUUCACAUGCCCUAAGCCAGGUCGGCGAGGUAUUGUAGUUAUGGAGGGAUGUGCAGUUCUGGAGAGCGAGAAGCUGCCUUGUGGAGGGUCUUCAUCCAUCACUCAGGUAGACUGUGAAGCCAACAACUGUUGCUAUGAUUCGAGCAGCAGCACCAGUCCAUGCUACUAUGCCAAUGAUGUGACUGUGCAGUGCACCCUGGAUGGCCAGUUUGUGGUGGUGGUGUCUGAGAAGGUGACCCUUCCUCCCUUGGAUCUUGGGUCCAUCAAGUUGGUGGACAGCAGUUCCUCCAGCUGCAGCCCUGUGACCAGCCUGUCCAGUUUUGUCAAGUACCAGUUUCCAGUCAGUGCCUGUGGCAGCACAGUUCAGGUGUCUGGUGGCAAUGUGACUUACCAGAACACCAUGUCUGCUGCCAUCACUGUGAGGAGUGGUCCAGAGGGCUCCAUCACCAGGGACAGUGUCUACAAGUUAUUCUUCCAGUGCACCUACUCGGGAAGCCAGGAUGUGCAAGUGGAGGCUGAGGUGUAUACUGUGGCGCCACCUCUUCCAGUAGUAGAGCAAGGGCCAUUUGACCUGGAAUUGGUCAUUGCUACAGAUUCCUCCUAUGGCUCCUACUAUGUGGAUGCUGACUACCCAGUGACCAAAACUCUGAGGGAUCCUGUGGCUGUGGAAGUGCACAUUGUGAACAGGACUGACCCUAACCUUGUGCUGACUCUUGGGGACUGCUGGGUCACCCCAGGACCUUCUGCUUCCAGCCAGCCCCAGUGGAGCCUUCUGGUGAAUGGGUGCCCAUACACAGGGGACAACUACUUGACCAGCUUGGUGACUGUGGAUGGCACAUCUGGAGUGGCCUACCCAAGUCAUUACAAGAGAUUUGUGUUUGAGAUGUUUGCUUUUGUGGAUCCUCUCGCUCAGCAAGCCUUGGCUGAAAAGAUCUUCAUCUACUGUGUUGCUGCUGCCUGUUAUCCUUCUGCCUCAGACCCCUGUACUCAGAUCUGCCCUGCAAGAAGAUCUGGAAGAUCUGCAGACAAGAUGACCCCAGUAGUUUCAUCCAGGAAGAAUAGGCUCCUUCACAGUGGUCCUGUUAUCUUGGAGGCUUACCAGGUGCAAACAUCCAGACAGGAGCAGGAAGCCUCUCUUCCCACUGGAUACCUGGUGCUGGGAGCUGCAGCUGCCAUGUUGAUGGUGGUGCUGGUUUUAGCUGUAGUUGCCCUGAGGAGGCUGAACAGGCAAAAUGUAAAUCUGAAAUUUUAAUAAAACUUCUUGGCUACUCCUAA